UUCCAGGUGUGCUUACUGAUAGCUUUCCUGUGUGUGAGGAACUCUGUUUGGACAGACUACAGCACAUACCGCUAUUUUGAAGUUAUUACAAUAUGCUUUAUGAUAUUAAUACUUGUCUUGUAUGCGGUGUCCCUGUUCCGGAUAUACAGAAUGCUCACUUGUGUGUCAUGGCCAUUGACAGAACUGUUACACUAUGCCAUCUGCACCAUCCUUCUGCUCAUUGGCUCCAUCGUGGCUGCUGUGAAAAGUUAUAGUGUGAACGGAUUAGUAGCUGGAUCGGUAAGAUAUGUAUAA